AUGCCGAGAGGGUUACUAUUUCUAACUGUACUUUUUAUCCUGGCCCAAGUGUUCAGCCGUGCUGCCCUGGAGAGCUACCUCCCGCGGAUCCAGAAGGUUGUGAGCUGGGAGCUGCGGGGCUGGUGCAUGGAGCCGGGCUCCAUCGCAGUUUAUUCCUCCGCUAAAACCUUAACUUUCCGCAUUGCAGCUCGGAUUCUGCUGGGACUCCGUCUGGAGGAAAAGCAGUUCAAGGACCUGGCCAAAACCUUUGACCAGAUGGUGGAGAACCUCUUCUCCCUGCCCCUGAACAUACCCUUCAGUGGGCUGCGCAGGGGAAUUAGAGCACGAGACAUGCUACACAAGUAUAUGGAGAAGGCUAUACAGGAAAAACUGCAGAGCGACAACUCAGAAGAUCAUAGUGAUGCUCUGGAUUUUAUAAUAAACAGUGCCAAGGAGCAUGGCAAAGAAUUCACGAUGCAGGAGCUGAAGGAGUCAGCGAUAGAGCUCAUAUUUGCCGCUUUCUUCACCACGGCUAGUGCCAGCACCUCUCUGAUCCUCCUGCUGCUAAAACAUCCCUCAGCAAUCGAAAAAAUCAGGCGGGAGCUGGCGUCCCACGAGCUGUACAGGCAGUGCCAGUGCUACCCCACGGGACCCUGCCCGGACUCCCUGACAGCCCAGGGCAGCGACAGGAGGAAGCGCCUGCUCCUCACCACGGCCAGAGACGCUUGCAAGGACCAGAGCCAGCCUCCGGGCUGGGAAAGCCGCCCACCGCGGCACAUCCCCAUCCCGCCUGGCAGCAGUGGAGGAAGCCCACCCACCUUGUCCCUCCAGCGCUCCCGGGGCCUGUCACGCUGUGGGCUGCGUGUGAACAAGCGGCAGCGACUCGACUGCAAGGGCAUGAGCGCGGUUACCCGGAUGUGGGGCCGAGGCAGAGCUCUUUGGAGAGGCUCCGGGCAGCUGCCCCAUCCCCUGAGUUCCUGCUCCCGGCAGCCGUCAGAGGGCUGCGCAGCAGCGGGCGGGGAGCGGGGGCGGCCGCCCCGCGGCACCGGCACCGCGGCUGAGCCCCUGUCCCCUUCCUCCUCCUCUUCCUCCUUCUCCUCCUCCCCCGGGCAGGUGAUCAUGCGGGCCUUCUCCCGGGACGCCCUGCAGCACUACGUGCCCGUCAUCCAGGAGGAGGUGAGCGCCUGCCUGGCGCGGUGGCUGGGCACUGCCGGGCCCUGCCUCCUGGUGUACCCCGAGGUGAAGCGCCUCAUGUUUCGCAUCGCCAUGAGGAUCCUGCUGGGCUUCCAGCCCCGCCAGGCCGGCCCUGACGGCGAGCAGCAGCUGGUGGAGGCCUUUGAGGAGAUGAUCCGCAACCUCUUCUCCCUCCCCAUCGAUGUGCCCUUCAGCGGGCUCUACCGGGGCUUGCGGGCACGCAACAUCAUCCACGCCAAGAUCGAGGAGAACAUCCGCGCCAAGAUGGCCCGCAAGGAGCCUGAGGGUGGCUACAAGGAUGCGCUGCAGCUGCUGAUGGAGCACACGCAGGGCAAUGGGGAGCAGCUCAACAUGCAGGAACUGAAGGAGUCUGCCACAGAGCUGCUGUUUGGGGGCCACGAAACCACCGCUAGUGCUGCCACGUCACUGAUCGCCUUCCUGGGGCUCCACCCCGACAUCCUGCAGAAAGUGAGGAAAGAGCUGCAGGUGAAGGGAUUACUGUGCGGCUCCCACCAAGAUAAGCAGCUGGACAUGGAGGUCUUGGAGCAGCUAAAGUACACUGGCUGCGUCAUCAAAGAGACCCUCAGGCUGAGCCCACCUGUUCCCGGAGGAUUUCGGAUUGCGCUCAAGACCCUUGAGCUAAAUGGUUACCAGAUCCCUAAAGGCUGGAAUGUUAUUUACAGCAUCUGCGAUACCCAUGAUGUGGCAGAUCUCUUUACCGACAAGGAUGAGUUUAACCCGGAUCGCUUCCUGGCUCCGUCUCCAGAGGACUCCUCUAGGUUCAGUUUCAUCCCUUUCGGUGGGGGCUUGCGGAGCUGCGUAGGCAAAGAGUUUGCAAAAGUCCUUUUAAAAAUCUUUACAGUGGAGCUGGCUCGGAGCUGUGACUGGCAGCUGCUGAACGGACCUCCUACAAUGAGAACGGGCCCUAUCGUGUACCCUGUGGACAACCUGCCGACCAAAUUCAUAGGUUUCAGUGGCCAAAUCUGA